UCUUUUUUCGCGUAAGUGAUUCAUCUUGUAAAUACACGAUCUUUGGUAUGACGCAAUCUCCGGUUUAGGGCAAACAUGGCGAACAUUCGAUGUGUGAAGGGCAUGGUCGGCCUGGUGACGGGUGGAGCUUCAGGUUUGGGUAGGGCCACAGUGGAGCGUCUGGUGCAGAUGGGAGCAUCAGCCAUCAUCUUGGACCUGCCGUCCUCUGAUGGACAGGCCCUGGCAUCCAGUCUUGGGGACCGCUGUUCCUUUGCUCCUGCAGAUGUGACAUCAGAGGCAGAUGUUCGGUCAGCUGUGUCUUUGGCCAGGGAGAAGUUUGGGAAGUUGGACAUAGCUGUUAACUGUGCUGGCAUUGCUGUAGCUGCUAAAACGUACAACGUUAAGAAGGACCUCCCCCACAGCCUGGAGGAUUUCCAGCGCGUUAUCAACGUGAAUAUUGCAGGAACCUUUAAUGUGAUCCGCCUUGCCGUGGGGGAGAUGAGGAAGAAUGAGCCCGAUGCAGACGGACACAGAGGCUGCAUUAUCAACACCGCUAGCGUGGCAGCGUUCGAUGGACAGGUUGGACAAGCGGCCUAUUCUGCUUCUAAAGGUGGUAUCGUUGGAAUGACCCUCCCUAUAGCUCGAGACCUGGCACCCAUAGGCAUCAGAGUGGUUACCAUAGCUCCAGGCCUGUUCUCCACUCCUCUCCUGACCAGCCUUCCAGAGAAGGUGCGUUCCUUUCUCGCUCGCCAGGUGCCCUUUCCUUCACGCCUGGGAGACCCUGCCGAGUACGCCCACCUGGUGACAUGUCUGGUGGAGAACCCAAUGAUCAAUGGGGAGGUCAUCAGACUAGACGGAGCCAUCCGCAUGCAGCCCUGACCACUUCAUUUAUGUUUGUGUCAACAUGUUAGGACUAGAAGAUCAGCAGCUUCCUCUAAUUAGAAAAAGAGGGGGGGGGGGGGGGGUGUGUGCGCAUGUGUUUUGUGCAUUAGGAUAAAGUUGUGAUUAUGAACUGUGAUAAAUAACUUCAUUUCUACGAUGCUCCGAGUGUCGGAAUGUACUUCAUCCUGAGCUCAGCGGUAAUAAAUAUCAGCUUAGGUUUUA